UUCUCCGCGAGUCAACUGUAGACAAGUGUAGAGCGACACGAGAGGAACAGUAUUGUAAGAAAAAUAGCGCUUUCAUCGACGAGACUUAUUUGUGAAGCUCCUCUUUCUGCCGGUGGCGCCCCCUGCAGUAGUGGAUGUGGUAUGACCCUGUGUGGCAGGAAGGUGUUGACGGUGCUAAGCAGCGUAUUCGCUGUGUGCGCACUGGGCCUGCUGGGCAUCGCUGUCAGUACUGACUACUGGCUCUAUCUGGAGGAGGGUGUCAUCCUGCCCCUCAACCAGAGCACUGAGUUACGCAUGUCCCUGCACUCGGGCCUCUGGAGGGUCUGCUUCACAGCUGGAGAUGAGAAGGGCCGUUGUUUCACCAUUGAGUAUGUGAUGCCCACCAACGUGCAGCUGACGUCGGAGUCUACAGUUAGUGUGCUGAAGAUGAUCCGUUCAGCCACUCCUUUCCCUCUGGUUAGUCUCUUCUUCUUGUUCAUUGGUUUUGUCCUGAGCAACAUCGGUCAUAUCCGGCCCCACCGCACCAUCCUGGCCUUCAUCUCCGGAAUCUUCUUCAUCCUCUCAGGUCUGUCUCUGGUGGUGGGCCUGGUGUUGUACAUCUCCAGUAUUAAUGAUGAGAUGUUGAACAGGACCAAGACCAACGAGGCCUACUUCAGUUACCAGUACGGCUGGUCCUUCGCUUUCGCUGCCAUCUCCUUCCUGCUAACUGAGACGGCCGGCGUAAUGUCCGUCUACCUGUUCAUGAAGCGCUACACGGCCGAGGAGAUGUACAGACCCCACCCGGGCUUAUACGGGCCGCGCCACAGCAACUGCUCCGACUACUCUGGUCAGUUCCUGCACCCGGACACCUGGGACCAGCACGGCCGCAGCCCCUCCAGCAUCUCCAGCGAAGCCUCGCUCCAGAUGAACCACUCCCUCCACUCCAACUACCCAGCGCUCCUCAAGUGUCCCGAGUAUGACCGCAUGUCCUCCUCCCCAUGCUGAGGCCUGCGUGAAGCCCUGGAGCCUGGGCAGCGGGUUGCACACACAUCCCCAGGAAGGGAGAGUCUGGCUGGGUUGCUGAGGUGGUAGACAAGGUUGGUCGGUCUGGAGGAGGGCGAUUGGGAGGGCUGAUGGCGCCUAGGUUGUGUUUUGUGAGAGAGGGGGGGGCGUAUCUUUUUCCAUGUGUGUGACGACCUCUUUUGAAGUCCUCUUGUAGUGCCAUUUUCUGAAUUUUGACACAUUUGGGAGAUGGCGACCCCCACAGCCAACCUUCCAUCUCUGGUUUUACUCAAAAUACAGUAGAAGUAGUAAUUCUCAAUCAGACCUUGUUCACCUUCGCCAUACAGUACGUUCUCCAUCUUGGUCAAUAUAGAAGCCGAUAUCUCCCCGGUAACCCACAUAGGACUUCUGUCAAAUGUAUAACUUGUAAGAUAAUAUACUAUAAGUGGGUAGAUUGAAAGUGAAACGUUUUCCUCUCUUUAUUAUCUAUUUAUUUUGACUGUGGUUUAAUCAUCCCGUCAGAGAGCAGGAGGUUUAUUACAAGUAUUUUAUCAAUUUGAUUCUUUUUUCAUCAUCCAUCUCACGCUCAGUACUGUUAAUAAAGACAGAGAUAAAGUUUGUAUAUUUUUGAAUGGAAAGAAACCAUGAAGCUUCUACUACAUCCAUGGAGUCCAAAUGAAGUCCCUGCAGAAUUACAGGAUGUACAUAAUGCAUUGAAAAGGGGGGACUAAAGGGAUGAUGAAGCUAAAGGAGAGAGAAAAGAGAAUAGUGUGUGUAUAGCCUCAGAACAUGGUUUGAUGGUCAUUGAGACCAUCAGAUAUGGAGAGCCAGUUUGAAUGUAAUGUAGCUGAUGAAGAAUGCAAAGUUGAUAUAAGCUAAUCCUGAUUUUGCUGUUAAGGAGAUACCCUGUUAGAAAAAAAUCUUACUGUGUUAAAUGUGACCAACUUGAAAAUACAUCUUGUCUCAUAUACGUUAUAUAUUUAAGCUAUAGUAUUUAUGCCAUAGUAAGACCUCAUUAAUUGUUCAAUCUUUGUACAUUUUAAAGUCAAUUAUCAAUUUAGAGGACAACCAUUGUCGAUGUUCAAUGUUGCGACUGAUGUUAGUUGUUAUUUAUUAACAAUAUUAUGUUUUUUCUUGAUCGGUGGUCUCAUUGACAGCCUAGAAGUUUCUACCCACAGUGCGCAAAUUGCAAAGGCGGGAAAAAAAGAGAAUAGCAAAAAAAAGGAGAAGGGUAUUGGAGUGGAGAAGCGUGUGGCUACAUCUAACAACAUCCGAUAGUGUUAUGGUUGUUCAACAUUUCUACAUUGGAGCUUCAUAAAAUACAUAUGGCAUGUUUCCACUUGAUAGCUUUGUUCAGUUUGAAGGAUAAGUCGUUUAUUUUGAGAAAAAAUACAAAUGUUAAAACUGUCAGUCAAAUAUGAAAUAUCUCACAUUGUCAAACACUAUUUGAGUUGUUUCUUCAGAUUAGAACAGUCUUCUCAAUAUUUGUUGCUUUCUAUUUGUGUUAACACUGUAUAUGUUUAAUCAUAAACAUGUACAUGGACUGAAAUCUUUUAUAUAGACUAUUACAUGUGUAAGUUAUAACCAUCUGGAUGUUCUACUCAUUUGUAGCCAUGGUAAUCCAUAGAACCAUUCAUCUAUGCAGUAUAUCUAUUAUGCCUGUGGUUAUAGCUGCUUUGCCUCUUGCAUCGCCUAUUCAAAAUGUGAGAUUUUGCAUUUGUUGUAAUACGCUUAAUAUUUUAGAAAAUAUUCAAGUCCGAGAAGAAGUCAUUGGAGAUGUUGAAAUGUAUUUUUUUACGAAGAGUAAUUUUCAUGAUGUUCAAUGUGCAAUCUACUGUAUUAUAUCUCUGUUGAAAAUAAAUAAAAACUGCUGUAUUUGA